AUACCACCUGCCUAUUAUGACUGAACUGGUCGCGUUUGAAGACUCACCGCUUGGAGACUACUUGAAGGAUAUUGCAGCGGGUGAAUCAUUGAUCAUUGACAGCAAUAGAGCUGGAUUUACCACGACCGGCGGACCAGACCAUGCGAAACCCCUUAUCCCGCUAUCGCUUUGGACCCGUGCACAAAGCUGGCUGCAUGGCAAUCUAUCUUUAGGAAAUAGUUCUGAUAUGGAGUUCGAAGCCAGGCUGUGUUCUGUGAUGUGGGAUAGCAUUGUGCGUACACUGGCAAAUUCUGGCUGCAUGGCGGUACGGUACACACCACGCACUAGCCACAGGCACGCCACUGAUAUGCCUAGCCAGCAAUUGGGCGAUCUAAGACCGCGCAGCAGUCGUAGUAACGACAUAGCCAAGCAUACGGCUGGGCCGCUGGUGCUUGGUGCCGCUGUCCUAUUCAGGACUAGAAGCAGCGUACGGCCAGCUCUGAUGGCCCUGAGUGCACUCAUAGCUGCUGCAGUCGUUUGGUCAUCAUGGCACAAGUACUCCAGUCAAAUAGCAGCAGCACAUCGAGCCGAGGAGUAUAUUGACAGUCUUGCGGACAUGUGUCAAUCGAGCCGUGUGCUAGACGUAGCGAUACAGCGCGCGCUGCGGUUGGUACAGGAGACUGAGCUUGUAGCUCGUGGGUUUCGCUGGGCAUCACCCAGCUCCAUACCUGGUGUUGAUGCCCGACCAGGCCGUGGAGCCAUGCGCACUGCAGUAUACCUACGCACUGCAGUUGGUGAGGCAUUGCGCGAAUCGUUUGACGCGGUUGCAUUGGCUGUUGAGCAGGUUGCCGACCAGGAUACCCUGCUUGAACUAUCGCAAACCAGAGAAAAGUUCACCCAGCACACCGAUUUUAGCGACAGCGGGCUGCCACUCGAAGUACUACGGGCCCGGUUUGAGCUGCACUUUGGUCUACGCCGGCGAUGGCUGCAGCGAGUGCUUGACACUGCCGAGCCACUGUCCUUACCCACGAUGAGCUCCGCUGCAGCACUGCGGAGUGAACUUUCGGGAAAGACACUGGCCAUGUUUGCACAUAUCAGAGCUGCAUCAGAAAAGGGUGUAGACAUGAUACGGAAGGUCGAAAAUUCGGCGCAUACCUCGGCACGGUGGGCAUCGCUGAUGGAUAUCAAGUCUGACCGCACGCUUAGCCAACACCCGCUGCUUCGGCUGCUCAGUGCCAUGUCAGAAUCCCUGCAUACUCUUAGGGCGAAAAUGAUAGUCUGCCGUGAAAGCAUUGGGCUGGAUGAUGACGGGUGCCAGGAGUUGAACAGCGGUGCGGUAAACCGACCUAGCCCAGAAGCAACAGCCCGGCUGUUUUCAUCACUAAAGGCAGAACUGGACACCCUCAAUGCCCAAUACCAGGCAGCACUGACGGUCUUGACAUGCGAUGAUAGUGAGGGGUCACAGGCGUCGAGCAGCUCCGGAGAAAGCACAAACUGUGUGGUUGACCAACACGAUAUUUCCGGUGGUGCACGCGUAUUAGGGUACUCGGGGUUUGACCUGAACGACUUGGAUGUUCCUGAGCAAACCUUCGAGGCCGAUCCAGCGAUCCAGGAGUCGCGUGGGCAGAGUUCUAACGGAAAACCGCAGCUCCUUGACCGCAGUGAGCGUAUCCGACUGCAGCGCCAGAAACGUGAGGGCGAGAUCGAGGCGCGCGAGCGCAGAAACGACAUCCACAGCAUGUUGAACGAGCUUCGGUCUGCCAUUGACGAAAGGUCUAGGAAAUGAGGCGACCACAGCAGCUCAUGUGCCAGCUAUUCUAGCCCCCAGUGACACGCUUGACAAAAUACCCGUUCUUGUGCCCAAGACUAUCGUAGUGGGAGGCAAUGCGCUCUGCUUCCGCCCGCGUGUCGUACUUUCCCUGCAGCGGAUGCUGGACGCCGUUGGUAUCGAUCCGGUAUACAGCAAACUGCUCCUUCCGGCUGCUAUGUGCAGCAGCACGCUGCGUGUCAUUUGGCUUGCGACUAAACUGCCGCAGGGCCUGUACUGGUCUACGAGUCCUGCUCCACAAAAGAGAUCCAGGCGGAUGCUUCAUGAUAGAAU